AUGCCUGGGCACAGCAUGGCGCUGUUACUGGGCAUGCCUGGCUGCCUACGCUCUGCAGCUUUCUGGCUUCUGGUUUACCUACACUGCCUGCUCUGUACCUGCACUGCCCUCAUCAAACUUUCCUGCAGCAUCCUCCUGAGACCAAGGAGCACCUUCCACAUCGUCCCUAGAGAGAUCCCCCCCAGCUGUCUCAAUGACCAGUUCCUGGGUACCCACUGCUACGUGAGGAUCAAGGAUUCUGGCUUACGGUUCCACUAUGUGGCGGCAGGAGAGCGAGGGAAACCGCUUAUGCUUCUUCUUCACGGAUUCCCAGAAUUCUGGUACUCCUGGCGCCAUCAGUUACGUGAAUUUAAAAGCGAGUAUCGGGUUGUGGCUCUUGAUUUACGAGGAUAUGGAGAAACCGAUACUCCUACGUCUAAGGACUGCUACAAACUGGACUGCAUCAUUGUGGAUGUCAAGGAAAUACUGGACACUCUGGGCUACACCAAGUGCGUCCUCAUUGGCCAUGACUGGGGCGGAAUGAUUGCUUGGUUAAUUGCUAUUUGCUAUCCAGAGAUGGUAACCAAACUGAUAGUCCUGAGCUUUCCCCACCCCACUGUGUUUACAGAAUAUAUUCUACGACACCCUUCACAAUUGAUAAAAUCUGGUUACUACUUCUUUUUCCAAAUGCCAUGGUUUCCUGAAUUCAUGUAUACUGUAAAUGAUUACAAGAUUCUUAAAGACCUGUUUACCAGUAAAGCCACCGGCAUUAGGAAGCGUGGCUGCAGGUUUACCGAAGAGGAUAUGGAAGCUUAUCUUUAUAUCUUUUCUCAACCUGGAGCCCUGAGUGGCCCAUUAAAUCAUUUUCGGAAUAUUUUCAGUUGCCUGCCUUUGAAGCACCAUCAGGUGACGAUGCCGACCCUGCUAAUGUGGGGAGAGGACGACGCAUUUGUUGAAGUGGAGAUGGCAGAAUUAACAAGAGUCUAUGUGAAAAAUUAUUUCCAACUCUCAGUACUGUCCCACGCCAGCCACUGGUUACAGCAGGAACAGCCUGAACUGGUAAACACCUUGAUAUGGACCUUUUUGGAAGAAGAUGAAUUUCACAUAAAAGACUAA